AUGGCGGCUUUUCUGGACAAUUCCUACAGUCUCGUCCACCUGGACAACACCGCGGACCAGCCGAACCAGCAGGAUCUGAAGACGCAGCUGGAAAAGGGCACGGAUGAGACUAAGCUGGAGACUAUGCGAAGGAUCCUCACCACAAUGCUCAACGGCGACCCUAUGCCCAAUCUGUUAAUGCAUAUUAUCCGUUUCGUCAUGCCCUCGAAGAGCAAGCCUUUGAAGAAAUUACUCUACUUCUACUACGAAAUCUGUCCCAAGCUGGAUGCAAACGGGAAGCUGAAGCAGGAAAUGAUUUUGGUCUGCAACGGGAUCCGAAACGACCUUCAACAUCCUAACGAGUUCGUCCGCGGCAACACUUUGCGAUUUCUCUCCAAACUUCGAGAACCCGAAUUAAUCGAACCCCUCCUUUCCGCCGCCCAGACCUGCCUCGACCACAGACAUGCAUAUGUGCGAAAGAACGCCGUAUGGGCUCUGGCCUCCGUCCAUCAGCACGCCCAGCACCUUAUUCCCGAUGCCCCUGAGAUGCUCCAUACCUUCCUAGUGGGAGAGAGCGACACAACAUGCAAGAGAAAUGCGUUUGCUGCAUUGAUGAGCAUAAGUCACGAGAAAGCACUGGAAUACCUGACCGGUGUCUUGGACGGGGUGCCCAAUGCAGAUGAGCUGCUACAGUUGGUUGAGCUUGAAUUCAUUAGAAAAGAUGCGAUCCAGAACCAGGCAAACAAGGCGCGAUAUUUGCGGUUGAUCUUCGAUCUGCUGGAAGCGAACACGAGCACCGUCGUAUACGAAGCGGCAACCUCUCUAACCACCUUGACGAGCAAUCCCGUAGCCGUCAAGGCAGCGGCUGGGAAGCUGAUCGAACUCAGCAUUAAAGAAGCUGACAACAACGUGAAGUUGAUUGUGCUCGACCGGGUUGACCAACUGAGGCGGCGAAACGAAGGGGUCCUGGAUGACCUUACCAUGGAAAUUCUGCGCGUUUUAUCGAGUCCCGACCUGGAUGUUCGAAGGAAGGCUCUGUCAAUCGCAAUGGAGAUGGUUUCGAGCAAAAAUGUGCAAGAAGUCAUCAUGCUACUCAAAAAGGAGCUCAGCAAGACGGUGGUGGAGCAAUACGAAAAGAACUCCGAAUACCGGCAGCUUUUGAUUCAGUCGAUCCAUCAUUGCGCCAUCAAGUUCUCCGAGAUCGCGGCCAGCGUUGUUGAUGUUCUCAUGGACUUCAUCGCGGAUUUCAACAACAGCUCCGCCGUGGAUGUCAUCUCCUUCGUGAAAGAGGUGGUAGAGAGGUUCCCCAAGCUCAGAUCUUCAAUCAUAGAACGAUUAGUGUCGACUCUGGGCGAGGUCCGCGCGGGCAAGGUCUACCGUGGCUCGCUCUGGGUCAUCGGCGAGUAUUCCUUGCAAGAGAACGACAUCAAGGAGGCGUGGAAGCGCAUUCGAGCCAGUCUCGGAGAGAUCCCUAUUCUCGCCUCUGAACAGCGGUUACUGGAUGAGCAAUCGAAUGAGGAUGGCGAGCAGAAAGACCAAGUCAACGGUCAUGCAGCAGUCAAGGCGGCCUCUACCGGCUCUCGCAAGGUUCUGGCUGAUGGCACGUAUGCUACGGAGACAGCACUCACAAGCGAUUCAGCAGCAAAAGCCAGGUUGGAAGCAGUCAAAGCGGCGCAGAAGCCACCGCUUAGACAGCUUGUUCUUGAUGGCGACUAUUACCUGUCUACGGUGCUUUCUGCCACUCUUACAAAAUUGGUCAUGCGCCACUCAGAGAUCUCCUCCGACCAGGCCCGAACAAACGCCUUACGCGCAGAAGCCAUGCUUAUCAUGAUCUCGAUAGUCCGGGUAGGACAGUCACACUUUGUGAAGGCACCCAUUGACGAGGACUCGGUGGACCGGAUCAUGUCCUGCGUACGCGCCCUGGCAGAGUUUUCUGAGCGUAAAGAGCUUGAAAUAUCGUUUCUGGACGACACGAGAAAAGCCUUCCGUGCCAUGGUGGAGGUCGAGGAGAAGAAACGUGCAGACAAGGAUGCGGUCGAGAAGGCGAAGACAGCCACACAGGUGGAUGACGUUCUCUCAAUACGGCAGUUGUCAAAGAAAAGUGCUCAGGACGGCAUGGACGAGAUGGAGAUUGACCUGGAGAAAGCGACCGGAGGCGAUGCUUCCUUUGAAGACUUGUCCUCCAAGCUGAGCCGGGUAGUGCAACUCACGGGGUUCUCAGAUCCUGUAUAUGCCGAGGCCUAUGUCAAGGUGCACCAAUUCGACAUCAUUCUCGACGUGCUACUUGUCAAUCAAACGCAAGAAACACUGCAGAAUCUCUCGGUGGAGUUUGCGACGCUAGGCGACCUCAAAGUGGUUGAGCGGCCAACCACGCACAAUCUGGGGCCACAUGAUUUCCUGAAUGUGCAAUCGACAAUCAAAGUGUCUAGCACGGACACGGGCGUCAUCUUUGGCAACAUUGUGUAUGACUCGCCAUCCGGAACGGAUACGCACGUGGUUAUACUGAACGACAUUCAUGCGGACAUCAUGGACUAUAUCCAGCCAGCGACCUGCUCAGAAUCCGCCUUCCGGACCAUGUGGACGGAAUUCGAAUGGGAGAACAAGGUGAACAUCAACAGCAAAGCGACGAGCAAGAGCCUUCGGGAGUUCUUGGACCAACUGAUGAAGAGUACGAACAUGACGUGUCUGACGCCCGAAGCUGGUUUGAAGGGCGACUGCCAAUUCUUGAGCGCCAAUCUUUAUGCACGUAGCGUUUUCGGUGAGGAUGCAUUGGCGAACUUGAGUAUAGAAAAGACGGCGGACAACUCGAUUGUCGGCUUCAUCCGAAUUCGGUCACGUUCCCAAGGGUUGGCCUUGAGCCUGGGGUCGCUGAAAGGUCUGAAGGCCGGCACCUAUUGA